AUGUCGAAACGUCGCUCAAAGUCUUGUGAGGCCGAACCUAUUGGAACGAAGCUCAAACUGAAGCGAGAAGAUGAUGAUGAGUUGAAAUUUGGGACUAUUGAUAAGGAAUUGGAGAAACAUACGGAGAAGAUGAAUCAUCUGGAGAAUCAAAUUUCGGAACUUAAUGCGAAAAUUGAGGAUAUGAAGAAGAGUGGGAUGACCGGUUUAAAUGUAAACGGAGGUGAGAAUACUUCUUCUCCAGGUGGAUCUGUUGUGUCGGCUAAAGAAAAGGAGAGAAAACGGUCAAUUAUUGUAACUGGUAUUCCCGAAUAUGGUAGAUCAGAAAGAGAGGCUUGGUACUGGGACCAGUCGUGUAUGUCAAAAAUUUUGAACUAUCUGGAAAUUGGAGCACCUCCAGUAUCAUUUUAUCGUCUUGGAAAGAACGCUGAAAGAUCCCGGAUGAUGAAAGUAGUGUUUGCGACGUCUUUUGAUCAGAAAGCGGUAUUGGCAAGAGCACCACGGCUCAAGUAUUUUCCAUCUGGACAGAUAGAAACGAAAUCUCUUUUGGAGUAA